UCUAAAUAAUCAUUUCAUUGAAAGGAAAGCAAUCAUUUUCCAUAGCGAUAUGCCUGUGCCGGAAUGAGCCAUAUCAGCACUAAGGUUUAAGGUAUUAUAAAAUGUGUGUAGCUUUAUGGUACUCGGUAAUCCUAGAAUAUUUUUUUCGAACAAUUUACCUUUUCGAAGAAUUGACAGUAAACGAUAUGUUGCGCCUCAAAGUAGAACCAAGGGUAAUUCAUUUUACUAGUCGAUCAUAUUACCAUAUUUUGGUAAAUAUAUUUGUGCGCCGUGAUACCUUAGUGCUUGUCCAUAAUAAGAGAUAAGUAUCGGCAAUAAGAAUGUAGUGUGCCAUACAGUGUCAUCAAGCAUGGGUUAUGAAAUCAUUUUAUAACAUCAUCAUUUCAAAAUCUACUGUGGAUAUGGCUUCUCGAAUAUUUGGGAGGAGCUGGAAGCACGUCUUCUCCUUUAUUUCCUAUCAUCAUAUAAUGCAAAAGGAGAGUUACAAUCUAAGCUAUGUGGGUGCAGGUUUACUUGGAACUGGUAUAGUUAUCUAUGGUACUUCAAAUUUUGGAGUUCAAGCGGCAGAAGCACCAAUAAACAAUAAAGAAUUUAUGGCUGAACCAAUUACAAGUAUUGAGAAGCUAGAAAAGAAUCGAGGAAAUAUGAAAACUAAAAUGGAAUUACUUAUAAUGAAGAUACAGUCGGACUUUUGCAAAGCACUUGAACUGUUUGAAGAUGAUGAUACACAUUUUAAAGUAGAUCGUUGGGCUAGAAAGGAGGGUGGUGGUGGUAUAACUUGCGUGCUUCAGGAAGGAAAAGUAUUUGAAAAAGCAGGCGUUAAUAUCUCUGUAGUCUCAGGAACAUUGCCACCAGGAGCAAUCCAACAGAUGAAAUCCCGUGGGAAGAAAAUGGAUGAUGGAUCGCUACCAUUCUUUGCAGCAGGCGUCAGUGCAGUCAUCCAUCCUAGGAGUCCUAUGAUUCCGACUAUACACUUCAAUUAUCGCUACUUUGAAGUUGAGAAUAAGGAUGGUUCUGUGCAGUGGUGGUUUGGUGGUGGAACAGACCUCACACCUUAUUAUUUAGAUGAAGAAGAUGCAAAGCACUUUCAUCGAACCCUAAAAGCAGCUUGUGAUAAACAUGAUCCUACAUAUUAUGAAAGAUUCAAGAAAUGGUGUGAUGAUUAUUUUAAUAUUGUGCACAGAGGAGAACGUCGAGGAGUUGGUGGCAUCUUCUUUGAUGACUUAGAUACUCCUAAUCAGAGUGAAGUUUACAAUUUUGUGAAAUCUUGUGCUGAAUCAGUUAUUCCAUCAUAUAUACCAAUUGUAGACAAGCACAAAAAUGACGGCUACGGAUACGCAGAACGUCAGUGGCAAUUGCUUCGAAGAGGAAGAUAUGUCGAAUUUAAUUUGAUAUAUGAUCGUGGUACGAAAUUUGGUCUUUAUACACCAGGGGCUCGUUAUGAAAGUAUAUUAAUGUCUUUACCACUGACUGCAAAGUGGGAAUAUAUGCAUGAGCCAGCAGCUAAUUCUAAAGAGCAGAAGCUUAUGGAAGUUUUAAGGAAUCCCAAGGAUUGGCUUAAACUUGAUGUAUAAGAUUCAUAAGAAUUUUUUAUUUCAAUAUUCUGUAACAAUUACCUUCUAUUAUUAAUAAGUAAUCAGUACACUGACUUAUUAAAACAAUCAUUGUAGUUUGUUUCUUGUAACAGAUACUAAUCUAUGUGCACAAAUUAUCUGUGUACAAUGUAAAUAAGAAAACAUUUUGUGAAACGCAUAUAAACCAAAUGUAUGUACAUACAAAUCAUUUUAAUAUAUAAGGUAUUAUAUUUUUAUUUAAAUAACAAUACAAAUUUUAA